UCACCGACCCUGCAUGGUAACCGCUGGUCUUGUUUGCCAUGAUUUAAUUCAAUACCGCUCCCAGAAUGGUGAAUGCAAUAAUCUUAAGAAUCCACGCUGGGGCGCAGCCAUGACCGCCUUCAAAAGACUAUUGCCAAACAGCUACCAGAAUAAAAUAUCCUUGCCGAGGUACUUGAAGGUAAUUACUUUUCAGAACUAUAUAUUCCGCUUGACUAACAAAUAAGUUUAUAGGAACCAAAAACCAUGAACAGAUCAAAUAAAUUGGGAACGUAAUUGACUCUUUGUGACUUCAAAUAACUUGGCUCUGGUCUAGUUAACUCGAUGGGCAAAUGUUAACAAGGGGGAUUAGUCGUUAUCCACCGGCGGAUAAGUGCCAGAGAAACAAAUUAACGGAUUGCGGAGUUACCACCGGAUAUAUAUAUUCGCUAAGUAACCACCAAAUAGGGUAAUAUAUUCCAAUUCCCCUUAUAGAACACUAGAAAUACUUAUUAUUAAAUAGACAAAUAUUAUCUGUUCUGUUUACCUACGCGUUAAAAUUUCUAGACAGCAAUCUACUUGAAAGAUAAAUUAUUUAAUUGUAUGCAUAAUUGCAUAAUUGUUCUUACUUUUGGAAAUUAAUAAGACUGUUUGCAGCUUGUGCUAUGGUUUUAGAGGGGUCUGGCGUCAAUUUUUGAACUGCAUUUCUCUCUUACAGACAGAUUCAAGUCCUUCCACCUUGUUUCCAACCAUAGCGCAGGUCAGUCCUCUGCCAAACGCAAGGACCGUCAGUCGAAUGUUUUUUCCUCAAAGUCAGAACCCAGAGUCACCUUGGCAACAGUCACCCCAAUCCCCACAACGUACAAACAUGGCGUCUGUGUUUGGUCAAUUCCUUACGCACGAUAUAAUUUUGACAUUGCAUGACGGAAAUGAAGUCUGUGACGACCAGUGUAGUGAUCUUACCACAGAAUGCUUCGGGAUCACCAUUGCAAACACAUCAAACGACCCUGUUUUUACUGAAUGCAUUCCAAUGACGCGCGCCUCAAGGUGUAAGUUUAAGGGUGUACAAGAGCAAAUUAACAGUGCCACUGCCUUCAUAGACGCCUCACAAGUCUACGGAAACAACGAGGAGGAAGUGGAAAGAGUACGCGAUAUGAACUCACUGAAUGGUCUUCUUCGCACAACCUGCCAUAAUGAGGCCGUUAAGCCACUCUUACCUCAGCUACAAGCUGAUGAUCCUAAAGUGUUUUGCCGCUCAUACAGCAGUAAGACUCCCUGCUUUUACACAGGAGACUACAAAAGGAAUAAUGUUAGUCCAGGUUAGUUAAGUGACAUGGCUGUUUCACAGCUUUUCUUAACCUGCAUCAUUAGGAUGUAGUCUCUACUCCUGUCACUAAGAGCAGCUUUCGUUUGAUUGUUGAAAUUAUUCCUGGAUUGCGCUGUGAUUGGCCUACAAAACUCUCACCACUUUCUUGACUAAACAAAAGCAAAACGAAAGCCCUGAUCCAUACUACGUCGCCCAGAUAAUUUAAAAAACAGCUAUUUUGUUCUGGAAACCUAAAGAAAGUUUUCCGUUCAUACUGGAAAACGGAAAGAAAGGAAUGUUCUCUGUCCACGGUAACCGGGGAGGAAAAGCAGGACUGCACCCUAGCUAGAGUAGGGAAGUAAAAGUGCAGUAAAAUGGGGUAUCAGAUUCGAUAAUGACUCGCAGCAGUGUAUCCUAAAGUUAAUCCCAAUUUCCCUAAUCAUCCUGAGCAGCAUAUGGCAGUUUGCGGCCUUUCCCUACAUUUAGCAGUUCGGAAAGCCGUAAAACUCUAGAACAAAAAUUUAUCUUUCAAAUCGGUACCCUUAAUCCCCACGGUAUCAAAGGGCGCUUUCCAUUCAAAUAAGUUAUUUUUGUUUUUUUCGUCACCAUAUUCCUACCAAUAACGUAGCUCCAUUUUUUGCAUAUAAACACACGCACACAACCCGUCGAUCUGACGAAAGGCUAACGCUCGAAACGUCAGCUUUAAAGCUCUCUACGGUAACCAGCUCUGUUGAUAACACUAAAUUACCCUGUUGUAUUCUCCCACCGACGCAGCACCAUGGUUUCUUGUAGAAACUUACCCUCUUUACUCAUUUAUUUAACAGUUGUGUGUGCAACACGUUUUAAAAACAUGUACUUUGCAAGCACGUAAAUGUACUCUGCAUCGGAGCACGGAAUCCGAAGGUGUGAGGUUCGAUUCCUAAUGGGGACUCGGAAUAUUUUGCUUUGUUCCACGCUCGUGACGAGACGGAAAACAUCUUCCUUUAAUCAUGUACUUUCUUCUCUUUUGUCUCCUAAAGCUUUAGCUGCCAUGCACACUAUUUGGGUGAGAGAACACAACAGGAUUGCCUUAGAACUGCGUGAGAUAAACCCCCACUGGGAUAAAGAACGGCUUUUUCAAGAAACAAGGAAAAUCAUAGGAGCUAUGAUGCAGCAUAUAUCAUAUAGCGAGUACCUCCCAACUAUACUCAGUAAACAAAUGGUAAGGUCUUUGUUGAAACUGUAACAAUACCACUUUAUAUUUUUUUUGUUUAAAUCCAUCUGUUUAUUUGACGGGGUAUGUGUCAUGUCUUAAUUUUUAGUGAACUUUUCAAUUGAUCGUCGUGAACCCAAACUCGCAGUGAUCACCUACGCUAAGAAGUAAGAACGAAGAGCUAAUGAGAAACGAAAUUGAGAACAGAAAAAUCGCCUGAUUGGUUGAAAAGGAUGCGCGCGUUUUAUGGACCAGUCACAAGCGCAAUGACGAUUAUUUUGACAUCCACCUGAAAAUUGCCGAAAUAAUGACGUCACUUACGUGACUCUUUCCGUUUACUCCCUUUACGUAAUCAUCAGGACGCAAAAGUGUUCUGAAUUUUGCUGAGGUUUUCGAAAUAAUUCUGAUAUUGCUCUUUUUGAUUAGUUUACUUUGCUGCGUGAUUAGCUCAGAAAACUCUUGCCACUUUGUUAAUCACUAGGAUUCAAAACUUUUUAGUUUUGGAAGUUUCAAUUGCUUUAAAAAUCAAUUCCAACAUGCUCUUCAGGCAGUUUCAAUUCUCAUUGGUUACUUCUGAUAUUUUCCUCUCUUCUGAUUCGCUGUUGUGAUUACUUUGGUUUUACGUCACUCAGUCGAUAUAAGCUCUUUUUCUAUGAAAAGUCUCAAAACGAACUCGUAUGAUUGCAACAAAAAAUCCAACAAUUGUAAAUCGAAUAAUCGGUACUGUUUUUAACAGCUUCAAGAUUACGAACUGAAUCCAAACCAGCCAUGGAAAUACGACCAAUUCGCUGACGCCUCCAUUGCGAACAGCUUUGGAGCCGCAGCGCUAAGGUUUGGUCACAGUACUGUUGGCAAUAUGUACACAAGGCCUGAUUUCUUUGAUAUGCCCAUAGACGAUAUGCACAACCCGACUCCUCUGUACAAUUUACAGCAGGGAGGCGUGGAUAGUAUCUUGAAUGGAAUGCUGGAACAAUCUGCCAGGAAAAUUGAUAGGUAACAUUGAAUGUAUUGUAACUGAAACAAGACCACAAGUUACCUCAGCCUUGGUUGGGCUCAUUUUUUUGUGUUCUUGAGCGACACACUUCUUUCUCCCUCUCCACGAAAGAGUAUGAAAGGGUACCGGUCUUGAUAUGGAUCUGACGAAAUGCAGGGGGGAAGGGGAAGGGCAAUGUGGGCUACUUGGCCCCAGUGCAAAACUUCUAUGGCAUUGAAAUUUGUAGCGGGUAUAGUUUGGAAAACCUGUUCCUCGGCUUGGCCAGCGAUAUGUUUCUCAGCCUUUUUCGGCCUUCAAAAGAGUGUUGUGUUUGUUCAAAAGGGUGCUGUGUUUGUUCAAAAGGGUGCUGUGUUUGUUCAAAAGGUUCUUUUCAUGGGCGUUAACAAUGAAAUUAAAGCCUGGACCGGGAGUCACUGCUGAUCUUGUAGCAAUAAAUAUCCAGCGAGGCAGAGACCAUGGCCUUCCACCAUAUGUCAAGUUCAGGGACCACUUUAACGUGAGUAAUAGAAGCAUUCCAAACGAGCUCAAGUCUGAACUGAUAAAUCUGUAUGGUGAUCUUGACGAUGUGGAUUUGUAUGUUGGUGGACUCCUGGAAACUCCUGUUGCAGACGGGGCAAUGGGGCCGACCUUCUCUCACAUUUUAGCCGAAGGAUUCAAGUAAGUGCCUAAAUGUACUAAAAUUUUUCAUUGUUUAUGUGGUGUAAAAAAAAAAUUGAUACGACGGUGUGGCGUGAGGCGCAUACUUUUCCAGAUGAAAUAACAACUGGACGUGAUCAAGGUUGGGCAAUGCUUUAAUACCUUCUUUAUUAUUUUAGGUUUAUUAGCUAAAGGUGUUUGCUCUGAAUUAAUAGCAACCCUAACGAUUGUUGACUAUCGUAUGGUUGUGCAAAACAACGGUAGUCUCAUUAAGUAACUGUUCAGGUGGACGUAAAUGUUUAGCUGGGGUGAUUUUGGCUUCGCUUGACUUCGCUCAGCGACUUACGUUUCCGUCGCUUCGGGCAGUUUGCUCGUUUUUAAUCUGAGUUCUCGUUCGCUCUCUGUGGUACCUGCCCUUGCGCUUUGCUCUGACUUGCCGUUGUGGUUCCCUAGGUUAGGAUUUACUACACUCAACCGAAUAUCGAUAGCCUAGAGGAAGGUAGUGCAUUUACAAUUUUCGAGGUAAUUUUUCUCUUUUUAAGAAAUCUGCGAAAAGGGGAUCGUUUUUGGUACCAAAACUUGGACUCGCCAACCGGAUUUAAUUCUGAUCAACUGAAGGAGAUAAAGAAAGCUUCUCUUUCUAAAAUCAUCUGCGACAACAGUGAUGCGAUAUACAGAAUUCAGCGCAUGGCCAUGUUAAAAGAAGGUUCGGGGAACGAGAGAAUGCCCUGUGCUCAACUUCCUUAUGCAGAUCUCAGCAAAUGGAGAGACGAGGUAAGGAUUCAGUUCGGUCUUGUAUAG